AACAUAGGCUGCAAGCCUUCUAUCCUCAACCAAUAAUUCUGAAAUCUGAAUCUGAAGUUUGUAACCUUGGCGAGUUAUUUAAUUCAGAAGGUCGAUCCGCGUGAAAAUGAGCAUCUUGCAGAAAAUUGCUGAAAUAGAGGCGGAGGUAAACAUAUUCCGGUGUUUCUCUGCAAUUUAUCUAUGAAAUUCUGACUAUGAAUAGUCUACAUAGUUCCUAAAGUACUUGGUAAUCUGUACAGGUUAUGUUAACUAAGUGAUAUAUUUUUGUUGGCACGAUUGAGGACAUUGUUCUUUGUGAAUAAAUGACUCUAUAUGCAUAUCUUUUACUGCAGUAUUCGUGGCAAAAUGUCUGAGUUUCAUGAUUUGCUGUGACAUUGAUUACUUAGUCGAGUAUUUAACACGUGUCAGGAAUAUUCAGGAGUGUACAUGUGUGAACUCAGCACCUCGCAGCUAGUACAUAAGUCUCUUGGCUAUCGAUUCGUACAAGCUAUGCAGUCUUGUAAAGAGACAUUCGCAACGGAUUUUUACACCUUGGCGUUUUGGUGGUGGUUAAAGUCGCGAAGGAAUCUCCUUUUUUCGGCCGUUUUUUGCAGGGUAAUUUAGGGAUUCGGAGUUUGUUUGGAAGAGGUAGGAUGUUUCCUUUCACUCAGACUUUCUCCAGACGUUUGCACUUCUCUGUUACCCUACCAAAAACCCCUUAAAUCUGCUCCAAGUGUUUCACUUGGGAAAUACCUCUUAGGGCUACUGAUGUUAAUUGGCCUUCUCAAUCAACUUUCAGCCUAUGAGUUUCAUAUCCCAAUCUGAAUAUUACGUACUCCACCCCAAGUAAGUGAAAUUUGUCGAUCGUCACACUAUAAGCGUGUCUCACAGGCUGUUGCAGGGUAGCUGAGUUGUCGCUAACUUGGUGAUGAGGACUUAUGAGCACGAAUUCUGGUCAAAGUGAAUUCUGUGUGGCGCUUCCACAAUGCUGAUAAUAUAAUACUCGAGUCAAUUCGAUUAUGAUGUAAAUUUGUGAGUCCGAACUACUGAACACACUAAUACAUCUGUUCAACUGUUACUGUCGUCCGACGAUAACACUAUAUGGCCAGGACACAAAAGAACAAGAACACCAUGGGUCAUUUGGGAUUGUUGAAAGCGCGUCUGGCUAAACUUAGACGAGAACUUAUCGAGCCUAAAGGUGGUUCGGGUGGAGGCGGUGAAGGUUUUGACGUUGCUAAAACUGGCGAUGCACGUAUUGGCUUCGUCGGUUUUCCGUCUGUCGGGAAGUCUACACUUUUGUGUAACUUAGCUGGUGUCUACUCCGAAGUAGCGGCAUAUGAGUUUACGACUCUAACUACUGUCCCAGGCGUCAUAAGAUACAAAGGCGCUAAAAUUCAGUUACUUGAUUUACCUGGGAUUAUAGAGGGCGCUAAAGAUGGUAAAGGUCGAGGGAAGCAGGUUAUAGCUGUUGCCCGAACCUGCACUCUCAUUCUUAUGGUCUUAGAUGUCCUUAAACCUUUGCAGCACAAAAAGCUUCUAGAACAUGAGUUAGAAGGAUUUGGCAUACGACUAAACAAAAGUCCUCCUAAUAUUACCCUGCGUCGUAAAGAUAAGGGAGGUUUGAAUUUCCAAGCUAUGGUUCCCCAGUCUGAAUUAGAUAAGGAAACAGUAAAAACAAUCUUAAAUGAAUACAAAAUUCACAAUGCAGACGUCUUACUAAGGUGUGACGCAACUGCUGAAGAUUUAAUCGAUGUUGUUGAAGGGAGUCGAGUGUAUAUACCGUGUAUAUAUGUUCUAAAUAAGAUUGAUCAAAUUACUAUAGAGGAGCUAGAUAUUAUUUGUCGUAUUCCGCAUUGUGUACCUAUUUCAGCUCAUCACAAGUGGAAUUUCGAUGAUCUACUUGAACUUAUAUGGGAAUAUUUGAGUUUAAUAAGAAUUUAUACAAAACCUAAAGGCCAGUUGCCGGAUUAUAGCGCACCAGUUAUCUUGAGGUCUGCAUCGCAUACAGUUGAAGAUUUUUGUAAUAAGUUGCACAAAACUUUGAUUAAGGAAUUCAAGUAUGCAUUUGUAUGGGGCUCUUCAGUUAAACAUCAACCUCAGCGUGUAGGCAAAGAACAUGUUCUACAUGAUGAAGAUGUUGUACAAAUUGUGAAAAAAGUGUGAUUAAUGUGCUCUACGCUGAGGAUAGGCAACAUUUUUGUGUUAACUUUAUCGAUCGAAAUUAUUGUGGACAAAUAGAAUCUACUUCUUCUGUUGUAGAGUCUUCUGAAAUCUUUCAAAUUGUGUUAUAACAAAAAGAUUUAUAAUAAUAAUAAUAAUAAAAAAUUAUUAUCAUGGAA